AUGGAUGAGGACCGUCGAGUGUCAAUAGAGACAAUAAGUGAACAGGUAGAAGUCAGUGUGGGAACUGUGCACAAAAUUAUUCAUGAUGAACUGAACAUGCGAAAGAUUUGGGCGAAGUUUGUCCCAAGGGUGCUCAGUGACGAACAGAAGAAAAUACGUGUUAGCGAUAGCAGGGAGAUAGUCGAGCUUAUCAGUUCAGAUCCAAGAGUACUCAUGGCUCUGGCGACCUGUGAUGAAAGCUGGACUACUGCUAUGACCCGGGAACCAAGAGAAACUAAGCAUCCGGGCUUCCCCAGACCCAAGAAGGCCAGACAGAGCAAGUCCACCCUGAAACUCAGGACAGCAAGGGCAUGA